CCUGUUUGAUUUGGUUGAAUGUUGAAUGACGGAACUACAGAACAUAGCAGACCUAGAGUAAAGUACACACACACUCAUGCGUUUCAUCACUUGGCGCAUGAACUUCAAGUCUGAAGAACAUUAUUAAAGGAAAAUUGUUCAAGGACUGACUCUUAGAAUGGACAUGGACAGUGCCGCGAACCUUACUGAAGUGGCGGACGCCACUCGAAUUGCACAGACCCACAGACCAGGGCAACAUGAAAAAUUUGCUAUUGAUCGGACUUUAAUUGAGGAGAUUUCUCAAGAGGAUCAGGAUGAGGAAAUCCAAAAUUUGGGCAUUAGUGUGUAUCGCCAGGAGGCAUUGGAACAAGGCAUCCUGCAGCAGGUGGACGAAGCGCUGGAACGACAGGAAAAGGAACAAGAAGAGCAAAAGUUGGACAAGGAGAUAGGUUGUAUUGCCACUGAAAUCCAGCUGGCUGAGGAACAAAUCUGCAAGGAUGAUAGUCUGCUGAGAGUUCUACUCAGCUCUGGAGCUCUGAGGACACAGAUGACCAGCAUUCGCAAGGAACAGGAGGCAAAAAAGAAGACCCUGGAUGAGCUCAAAGAAAGACACAAGACACUUCUGCAGCAAAAAUACUCUCUUUAUGAUUAUUCUGAGCCAAAAGCAGAGGAAAAAGAAGAAAUAAAGGAGGAGACUGCUGAAGAAAGGAUGGUGCGUCUGGGAGAAAUGACUCCCUUUGGGACCAUGCUUUCCUCUGAAAUGUCAGGACUGCAAAAGUAUUUUCAGAAUCAGUCAAAAGUGGGUCUGCAAUACAAAGGAAAGAAGACAAAAUUGGGUCAUGCGUCUGGAAAAGUUGAAAAGUCAAAGAGCAGUCCCCUUAAGAGGAGUGUUUUAAUGCCUAACAAGAGAAAGAAAAAACUUAAACUUGGAUCCAAGACUUCAAAGAGCGCUAUGAGCAAGCGGAGAGAUCCGGGGAAAGUAGCAUCAGAGAAUCACUCAAUUUGGUUGGAUGAGCAAGAAGACCCUGAUUUUGUGCCUAGUUCUGGUGGAGAUGAUGAUUUUGAUCCAUACACCGAAAUGGGAAAAAAGAAGUCGAAUAAGAGAAAAAAUGAGUUGAGGCCGGUUUCAGAAGAAAGCGAAUACAACACUGACGACAGUGAGUGGGAAAACACUAGCAACCGAAGAGCUAAUAAGAAAAGGAGAAAAGACCAAACGAUUGACGAUGGAAGCCUGGAAGAUUAUGAGGCGCGCAUUGAAGAGUGGAAGGCGCAAGGUGGAGUUGAGGACGAGGAGACCCAUCAACUUGAUAGCUACCUACAAGUGCCCAUGUCUAUCUGGAGCAGGCUGUACAAAUACCAACAGGUGGGCGUCCAGUGGAUGUGGGAGCUUUAUCAAAAUGGUGCGGGUGGCAUUCUUGGGGAUGAAAUGGGUCUUGGAAAGACAAUUCAAGUCAUCGCCUUCCUUGCCGCUCUAAAGGUCAGCAGGAUCAAAUCCAGGCACACCAACUUCCGAGGUUUGGGCCCAACGAUCCUUGUUUGUCCAACCACUGUGAUGCACCAGUGGGUGAAGGAGAUGCACGCCUGGUGGCCACCUCUUAGAGUAGCUAUUCUGCACGAGUCUGGCUCCUCUUCACAGCCUAAGUCUAAACUAGUCAAGGAGAUGUCUGAAAACGGAGGGAUAAUUGUAACAUCCUAUCAGGGUCUGGUUAAUCUUCAGGAGACCUUUUUGCGCCGUUCCUGGCACCUGCUAAUUCUUGAUGAAGGACACAAGAUCCGAAAUCCAGACGCACAAGCCACCCUUGCGGCAAAGCGUAUCGCCACGCCACACAGAUUAGCCUUAACAGGCUCGCCCAUGCAGAACAACUUGAAAGAGCUGUGGUCUCUUUUCGACUUUGUCUACCCAAGCAAAUUGGGCACUCUGCCUGACUUCCUGGCCAACUUCUCUGUCCCUAUUACACAGGGAGGCUAUGCCAAUGCCUCUGAAGUACAGGUAGCCACCGCCUUUCAUUGCGCGCUUACCCUGAAGGAGACCAUCAAACCAUACCUCUUGCGCAGAAUGAAGGCCGACGUCAAGAACCACAUUAUGUUGCCUCCUAAAAAUGAACAAGUGUUGUUUUGCAAGCUUACAGAAGAACAGCGUAGUUUGUACCAGCAAUAUGUCAACUCUAGUCUAGUGAGCAACAUCCUCAGCGGCAGGCUCAAGAUUUUUGUUGGAUUGAUUAACUUGAGGAAGAUUUGCAACCACCCUGAUCUUUUUGGCAACUGUUCUAAACUAGAUGACAAUUCGCUACCUAAAGAAGAGCAAUAUGGGCACUGGGAGCGCUCCGGCAAGAUGAUUGUUGUCCAGCAGCUGCUUAAGAUGUGGAACAAGCAAGGCCAUCGCGUUCUCCUUUUUACGCAAGGACGACAGAUGAUGUGCAUUCUGGAAAAUCUGCUAAUCCAACAGUGUUAUCGCUAUCUCAAGCUGGAUGGAACAACAGCCAUUGCCUCCAGACAACCACUUAUUGCUGAAUUCAAUAAUAAUCCUGCACACUUCAUAUUUUUGCUUACAACGAGGGUGGGAGGCCUGGGUGUAAACUUGACUGGCGCUAACAGGGUGAUUAUCUUCGAUCCCGACUGGAACCCUGCGACCGAUACUCAAGCCAGAGAACGUGCGUGGCGUAUUGGUCAGAAGAGCCAGGUGACUGUGUACCGACUGAUAACCUCUGGUACAAUCGAAGAGAAGAUUUACCACCGACAGGUUUUCAAGCAGUUCCUCACCAACAAAGUGCUGAAAAACCCAAAGCAGCGGCGGUUUUUCAAGUCUAACGAUCUAUUUGAGCUGUUUACCCUGAAUGAGGGCAAGGAGAACAGCACAGAGACGGCCGCCAUCUUUGCUGGAACAGGGUCAGAAGUAGCCGUGCCCAGAAAGAAGGACCUGAAUAGGACCAAAACUGAAACUGUUCAACCAGACGUACAGUUUACCAAGGACAAGGUGGCUAAGAUGAGAGAGCUGGCGCAGCGCCUCAGCAGGCAGAUUGGUGCAAAAGCUCAGCCGCCUGACACCUCUGUAGAGGUUAAGACUGAACCUGUAGAAGAAAAAAACAAGGAGCCAGCUAAAAAGGAGAAAAGGAGCAAACACAAGAAGAUAGGUGCUAAAUUCGAAGGUGAACGGGUUGCCAAUCUGGUUCGUCAGGGUGACUUUGCAGAGCUGGUCAGUGAUCAGCAGGGCAUUGAGGAAGAACAGUGCCCUGAGCACCAGGAUGACUACGUCUUGCGGAAGCUCUUUAAGAAAUCAGGCUUGCAAACUGCCUUAAAACACGAUCAAAUCAUGGAUGGAGGUGGUUCAGAUUACGCUCUUGUGGAAAGAGAGGCACGGCACGUUGCCGAGGAAGCCAUUGCACGACUCAAAGAGUCUCAGCAGCGAUGUUUUUCUGCCUCUGCAGGUGUUCCUACGUGGACCGGGUCCCACGGCCAUCUCAGAUCGCCCCAUGAAGCUAAGAAGAGCAAGAGUAAAAAUAAGAGGAAGCCAAGUGCUGCCUUGGGAAAGGCACCUGUAGAUGAAGAUGAAGCAAUAAGCAUCAACCCCAGCGAGCCUGUAUCCGCUGAAGACCUACUCUCUAUCUGGCAGAAGCGCAAUAGACUGAUUAAACCCCCCUCUCCACAGAACCCUGGAAUUCCCCAAGUUGUUGAAGAUUUGGAUGACCCCGAAGUUAUGCUUGCUGAGGAGCCUUUAUUUGCACCUGACAUAGUGCAGAUGAGAUCUGCUGAGGACAGUGGCAGGCGCGAAUCCAGGACACAUGUAACCGAAGAAGAGUCUGAGUUAUUGGAUGAUAUCAGAUGCUUCCUGGCUUUUGGAGGUUCCAUCGAUGGUCAGGCGACAACUGAUGAGCUGCUGCAGCGAUUCCAGAAGGCUUCUUCAAGCGCAAUUAGAGCUGAACUAAGUCCAUUGUUCAAGAUCAUGCUUAAGUCAAUCGCCACAUUCCAUAGAGACCCAAACGGCAAUGGUGUGUGGAGAUUAAAACCCGAAUUCCGCAACGCUCCUUGAUCACAAUGUUUUCCACAGUAAAAAUAUAUAUUUUCUUAAUAUUCAAAA